CAUCGGAAUGCGCUUCCCUGCUUUCAUCCGCGCCACAUUAAACCGUUUGUUCUGCGUCUCCGCCGCGCUGUGAUCUCAGACAGAGAAGGAGAGACGCGAAUGCGAUGAAACACAACAACAGCGAGCAGAAGAGCAGAGAAAGCGCGACGGAGGGAGAGGGGGAAGGGUUUGGAAGCGGCCGGGCAUUUUUCCUGUGAGCGGAAGGAGACGGACGGCAAGACGUCGCGGUCACACUGAAGCACAGAAACAAUCAAAUCGAUGAAAAACCGCGGCGGAGAUUCAGCGCGAGGAAUCCGGAGCGAUGCGAGCGAAGCGGCGCGGCUGAGCGUUGAAGAUGGGUGCCGUGCUACUGAGCCUCUUACUGUGUGCUUUGUGUUUGCAGAUACGCGGCCUGCCGCUCCUCUUGUAUGCGAACCGGAGGGACUUGCGGUUGGUGGACGCGGCUCACGGUCGAGGGAACGCCACGGUGGUGAUCGGCGGUUUGGAGGACGCAGCGGCGGUGGAUUACGUUUACGAGCAGGGACUGAUUUACUGGAGCGACGUGAGCGAGGAGGCCAUCAAGCGGACGCUGUUUAACGGGUCAGGGCCCGGCGGGCUCCAGAACACAGUCGUGUCCAGUCUGGCCUCUCCGGACGGCCUGGCCUGUGACUGGAUGGGGAAUAAGCUCUACUGGACCGACUCCGAGACCAAUCGGAUAGAAGUGGCCGAGCUGGACGGGACGCACCGGAAAGUGUUGUUCUGGCAGGAUCUGGACCAGCCGAGAGCCAUCGCUCUGGAUCCGGCCCGAGGGUACAUGUAUUGGACGGAUUGGGGUGAGGUCCCGAAGAUCGAGCGCGCUGGGAUGGACGGGACGCAUCGCUCGGUCCUCAUCGACUCCGAGAUCUACUGGCCCAAUGGCCUGACGCUCGACUACGACCUGCAGAAACUCUACUGGGCCGACGCCAAGUUCAGCUUCAUCCACCGCUGCAACCUGGACGGCUCGGAGGUGACGAGUCCCUGUACGCUAAAGAACGGAGGAUGUUCUCAUCUGUGUCUGCUGUCUCCGGUCAAACCUUAUUACCAGUGCGCCUGUCCGACCGGUGUCCAGCUACUGGACGACAACAAGACCUGCAGAGACGGUGCCACUCAGCUGCUGCUUCUGGCGCGGCGCACAGACCUGCGGCGGAUCUCUCUGGACACGCCAGACUUCACCGACAUCGUGCUGCAGACCGACGACAUCCGGCACGCCAUCGCCAUCGACUUCGACCCGGUGGAGGGACACAUCUACUGGACGGACGACGAGGUGCAGGCCAUCCGCAGGUCCCACCUGGACGGGAGCGAGGCUCAGUUCGUGGUGACCUCGCAGGUGAAUCAUCCGGACGGGAUCGCCGUGGACUGGAUCGCACGGAACCUGUACUGGACCGACACCGGCACGGACCGGAUCGAGGUGACGCGGCUGAACGGAAGCAUGAGGAAGAUCCUGAUCUCGGAGGAGCUGGACGAGCCGAGGGCCAUCGUGCUGGACCCCGCCGCCGGGUACAUGUACUGGACAGACUGGGGUGAAGUGCCGAAGAUCGAGCGGGCGACUCUGGACGGGACGGAGAGGCUGGUGCUGGUCAACACGUCUCUGGGCUGGCCCAACGGACUGGCGCUCGACUACAGCGAGAGGAAGAUCUACUGGGGAGACGCCAAGACCGACGUCAUCGAGGUGAUGCAGAUGGACGGAUCGGGCCGGCGGGUGUUGGUGGAUGAUAACCUGCCACACAUCUUCGGUUUCACGCUGCUGGGCGACUACAUCUACUGGACGGACUGGCAGCGGCGCAGCAUCGAGCGCGUGCACAAACACAGCCUGGAGCGCGAGGUGAUCGUCGACCAGCUGCCCGACCUCAUGGGAAUCAAGGCCACAUACGUCCACAAGACCUUCGGUAUGAACCCAUGUGCGCUCGCUAACGGCGGCUGCAGUCACCUGUGUCUCUAUAAGCCGCAGGGCGUGUCGUGCGCGUGUCCCAUCGGUCUGGAGCUCAUGGCCGAUCUGACCACCUGCAUCGUCCCCGAGGCCUUCCUGCUGUUCUCCCGCCACACGGACAUCAGGCGCAUCUCGCCAAUAGACCCAGAAUCUGAAAGCCACAUCGCACUGCGGUCUCCGGUCAAACCAGUGCACUCGCGACUGAGGCCCAAACACCCAAGAUGGAAACUUGACUUCAGCGCUGCAGUGACCCAGAGCUACAGCAAACACGGUCAUGUGAUUGACCGCACAGGUUCACAUCCUGGAGUCCGGACCGGGGUGAUGCAGAUGGACGGAUCGGGCCGGCGGGUGUUGGUGGAUGAUAACCUGCCACACAUCUUCGGUUUCACGCUGCUGGGCGACUACAUCUACUGGACGGACUGGCAGCGGCGCAGCAUCGAGCGCGUGCACAAACACAGCCUGGAGCGCGAGGUGAUCGUCGACCAGCUGCCCGACCUCAUGGGAAUCAAGGCCACAUACGUCCACAAGACCUUCGGUGAGCAGCUCUUCAUGUACUGGACAGAGUGGGGUGGACGGCCGAAGAUCGACCGCUCGGCCAUGGACGGUUCUGGACGCAUCACUCUGGUGCCGAACGUGGGCCGCGCGAACGGACUGACCAUCGACUACACCGAGCGGCGGCUGUACUGGACGGACCUGGACACCACGCUGAUCGAGUCCUCCAACAUGCUGGGUCAAUAUCAGCGACGACUGUCUCUGCAGCAGAUAUACACGCCCACAUCCUUCCUGCUGUUCAGUCAGAAGACCGCCAUCAACCGCAUGGUCAUCGACGAGCUGCAGAGCCCCGACAUCAUGCUGCCCAUCAACAGCCUCAGAAACGUGCGCGCCAUCGACUACGACCCGCUCGACCGCCAGCUGUACUGGAUCGACUCCAAGCAGAACGCCAUCCGCCGCGCGCAGGAGGACGGGAACCAGAUUAAUCGUCUCUGUGUGUGUGUGUCAGCGCCCACAUCCUUCCUGCUGUUCAGUCAGAAGACCGCCAUCAACCGCAUGGUCAUCGACGAGCUGCAGAGCCCCGACAUCAUGCUGCCCAUCCACAGCCUCAGAAACGUGCGCGCCAUCGACUACGACCCGCUCGACCGCCAGCUGUACUGGAUCGACUCCAAGCAGAACGCCAUCCGCCGCGCGCAGGAGGACGGGAACCAGAGCGAGACUGUGGUGUCCGGCGCGAGCCUCGGCCUGCAGCCCUACGACCUCAGCAUCGACGUCUACAGCCGCUUCAUCUACUGGACCAGCGAAGUGACCAACGUCAUCAACGUCACGCGCAUCGACGGGUCACGGGUCGGCGUGGUGCUGCGCGGAGAACACGACAAACCCCGCGCCAUCGUGGUCAAUCCGGAGCGAGGGUACAUGUACUUCACCAAUCUGCAGGAGCGUUCUCCGAAGAUCGAGCGCGCCGCUCUGGACGGGACGGAGCGCGAGGUGCUGUUCUUCAGUAAUCUGGGCAAGCCGGUCGCUCUGGCCGUCGACAACGAGCUGGGAAAACUCUUCUGGGUCGACAUGGACCUGAGGCGCAUCGAGAGCAGCGACCUGUCCGGAGCCAAUCGCAUCGUGAUCGAGGACUCCAACAUCCUGCAGCCGGUGGGUCUGACGGUGUUUGGGAACUUCCUGUACUGGAUCGACCGGCAGCAGCAGAUGAUCGAGCGCAUCGAUAAGAUCACGCGCGAGGGACGCACCAAGAUCCAGGCACGCAUCGCCUCUCUGAGCGACAUCCACGCCGUCCACGAGCUGCGCAUGGAGGAGUACAAUAAACACCCCUGCACGUCUGAUAACGGCGGCUGCUCGCACAUCUGCAUCGUGAAGGGAGACGGAUCCACGCGCUGCUCAUGUCCGGUUCACCUGGUGCUGCUGCAGGACGAGCUCUCCUGCGGAGAGCCGCCCACGUGUUCUCCGGAGCAGUUCUCCUGUGUGUCCGGCGAGGUGGACUGUAUCCCGCAGGCCUGGCGCUGCGACGGCUUCGCUGAGUGUGACGACAGCAGCGAUGAGCGAGACUGUCCCGUCUGCUCCGAGGAGGAGUUCCAGUGCGACAGCAAGCAGUGCGUGGACUUUUCUCUGCGCUGCAACGGAGAAAUCAACUGCCAGGACCGGUCCGAUGAGAACAAAUGUGAAGUUCUCUGUCCCAUGGAUCAGUUCACCUGCGCCAACGGCCAGUGCAUCGGGCGGCACAAGAAGUGUGACCACAACACGGACUGCACAGACAACUCGGACGAGAUCGGCUGCUACGCGACUGAAGAGCCGUCCUUUCCUCCGACGAACACCAUCGGCUCUAUCGUGGGUGUGCUGAUGCUGCUGUUCGUGGUGGGCGCUGUGUAUUUCGUGUGCCAGCGUGUGCUGUGUCCUCGGAUGAAGGACGACGGCGAGACCAUGACCAAUGACUUCGUGGUGCACGGGCCGCCGCCGGUGCCUCUGGGAUACGUGCCUCACCCCGGCUCUCUGAGCGGCUCGCUGCCAGGCAUGUCUCGUGGGAAGUCGGUCAUCGGCUCGCUGAGCAUCAUGGGAGGCAGCAGCGGUCCUCCGUAUGAUCGAGCACAUGUGACCGGAGCCUCGUCCAGCAGCUCCUCCAGCACCAAGGGUUCAUACUUCCCUCCGAUCCUGAAUCCUCCUCCGUCUCCCGCCACAGUGAGGUCACAGUAUACGAUGGAGUUCGGUUACUCGUCGAACAGCCCGUCGACGCACCGAUCGUACAGCUACAGGCCGUACAGUUACCGUCACUUUGCCCCUCCGACGACGCCCUGCAGCACAGACGUGUGCGACAGCGACUACACGCCGGGCCGAAGGGCUCCGCACGCAUCCAGCGCCGCCGCCAAGGGCUACACCAGCGACCUGAACUACGACUCGGAGCCACCUCCGCCGCCGCCCACCCCACGCAGCCAGUACCUGUCUGCAGAGGAGAACUGUGAGAGCUGCCCGCCGUCGCCCUACACCGAGCGCAGCUACUCGCACCACCUGUACCCGCCGCCGCCCUCGCCCUGCACGGACUCAUCCUGAGCCCCGCCCACCGCCUCACAAGCCCCGCCUACCACAGCGUAAGCCCCGCCCUGCACAGACUCGUCAUGAGCCCUGCCCACCGCUGUGUAAGCCCCGCCCUGCACGGACUUGUCCUGAGCCCCGCCUACAGCAGCGUAAGCCCCGCCCUGCAAGGACUCGCCCUGAGCCACACAAGCCCCGCCUACCGCAGCGUAAGCCCUGCCCUGCACGGAGUCGCCCUGAGCCCCGCCCAUCGUCCUGAGCCCCA